UUUUCCAGUUGCCCGAUCUGCUGUGGUUCGCAAUUGUCCACAUUAACCACCAUCCCCGUGCAUGCGGCUUGAAGAUCUUUGUCCCUGGUCCCGUGGAUUGUGGAUCCUGAAGCAGGGUGCCAAAUGAAGCUGUCUUGAGCCAACCUCUGUCGACUCUUGUUCCUGCCGCCCUGCCUUGGCGAUAGGCUUCGGCUACUGGUCACCUAGACAAGGUCCCCAUCUUCGCCACCUCCCCUCAGGUAUCAUAGAUAUAAUUACCCCCGGCCUUAUAGGCGCACGUUUGGCCCGCGAGAAAUAUUCAUCUGAAGUUAUUCGCAACCCUCCCGGAGUUGGCAAGACAGCCCAUCUGUCACGCAGUCAUAUAUUUCCGAGCAAGCAUUACGCUAUGGUAGCAGCUGCUUCCUCACGUUACCCCGUUUUGGACAUUCCAAGGACUAAAGACUUGCGAGUCGCCGUCCACUUUCCGGACCGAUCACCUGGACAAACUGACCACACACCGCUGCACCACGGAGAUCACACAUCCCGGAAGGACUAAUUGCAAUAGCCGUGGGAUCCCUUGGUGACAAGAGCAGUUUUAAACCAAACUCUCAUGUAAACUUGGCCCGUCAGGAGCAUCCCGUGGACAAACACCAGGAGAAGGGCGCCAGCUUCUACUCCAUGAUCAUCGCUUGUGCCCACAAGUGUCUCUUUGUCUGCUAGUCUGUUUGUGUGCAUUUUUUUUUCGCUGUUACCGGAGGCCGUGUCGAUUUUUACCCACCCUUGGAUAUCCCGAUACCCAGGACGCGGAGUCCUUUUAUUUUUUUGUGCGAAGAUGGCGCAGCCGGACUUUGCCUACAGGAGUUCCAAAGGACCUUGGGGAACCAGAAGCCCCAUUGUGUACCAAGACCCGUACCCCAACGGAGGUGGUCGGGACAUGAUGAACGGAGCCUACAGCAGCACCCCGCAAAGUAUACAAUACAGCGGGAGCGCCUCGGCGUACAACCUCCCAGGAAGCAUAUCGACAGUGACAGCGAGUCAUCAUGGACGAUCCGAGACGGCCUACUCAAAUACUCAAGCAUACAACUCAAGACCGGUUUCAAUGACAUACGCAAAUGGUGCGGCCCCGGCACAGGCCUAUGGGUCCUACAAGAGCACGAGUUCACAAAACUGGGAUCACCAGGGGAGGUUCUCGCCGACGGACUCGAUGGAUGAUAUCAUGGCAUCACCAAGCCUGUCUGACUACUCUAUCGACAACAGUGGCGGCACGGGAACGACACCGCCGGGCAAGGCCCACAAGUCAUCGUCGCACAGCAAGAGCAGCCGCUCACAACGGAGGCCGUCGAACCGCGACGAGUUCGACGGGCCGCAUCAGUUCCUCCAGCGACCGCCGCCCGAGUACAUCGCGAUGCAGGAACGCGAGCUGCCGCACCUCCCGACCAACCUGCUCGUCCAGGAGCAGGACAGCGUGCUGGCGCAGGUCAACGACCGGCUGUCGCAGUGCGCGUACGACUUUGUCGCCAAGUACCAGUUCCCGAUCCCGCUGACGCAGGACAUGCGGCCCGUGGAGCGGCCGCAGGACCGCGAGUGGACCGAGUGGGUGUACCUGCUCAAGCGGCUGGCGACGAAGCGGCGGAUCCCGGCCCGGGUGCUCUACAACGGGCAGAUCAAGCAGUUCGUCACGAUCCUCGAGAACAGCCUCGAGAUGAGGCACGCCGCCAAGCACCAGAGCCGCCCGCUCAAGGACGACAGGAACAUCCUGCAGCUCAUCAGCGCCGGCAUCCAGGUCGCCAAGAUCCUCAAGGACGCCCAGGCCAUGGACUACCUCGACCGGCUGUACGUCAGCACCGAGCAGCAGAUCCAGGAGAGGGCCAAGGCCGCCGCUGCGAGGUUCAGCCGUGCCUGAGAUGACCCGCACCGUCUUGAUCACCGGGCGGGUCAGAUCCCCACUGGGGGGAUAAGGUGAUGGUGUCGAGAGGUGUCACCUCGCCACAACAGAUUUAUACGUUUUUUAUUUCGACAGUCCCGCAAGUUUUCCGCGAGGCCCGAAUUCCUAGUCAUGAUGGGCUGCCCAGACCACGGGCGCCACCCCACGUUUCCGAUCCACUUCAUGCUCCUGACCCACGGUCGACAUGUCGAUGUCGGGUCAGGGAGUCGAGUAUUUAUUAUACGUUUUUUUUCACGGACAGGAACCACUUGCCCAUUCAAAUGGAAGGAGCAAGAUGCAGCAAGACGAAUCAAGGGAGUAGGGGGAGAGGCCGCCAUCGGGUGUAUUAACUCAUCCACCCUGCUCGCCUAGUCUUAGCCAGCCGACGAAAGCAGUCCGACAAAACGGCAGUGUACAGUAUCAAACCAUUGAAAACAAAAAAAGACAGGGGCAUCUUCUUGGACGACCCCAUUUUUACGAGACCCAUGACAACCGCGAAAGACAAAAAAAAGGAGGAACACAGGAUGGAAAGGGAAAGAUAAAUUGAGUGAAUGGCAUCCAGAUUAGCGAGACGGCCUGUCCUUUGGUGUGGAACACCGAUGGCGGAUGGGACAUGGGGGUAGCACUCCUGCCCUGCGGGAGUGACAUGACUCCUUCACGGGCCCCCAUCCGCUCCCGUUGCCGUCCCGCCAUUCUUUUGCACCGCGAAAAGACCGGAAAGACCAGCAUCGUUACGGCCUGCUUGUGCGCGCGCGAGGUUCUGGAUGCCCGGGAGAAAUUGGACCGUACCAACGGGGACACACUCCGUCAUCAUCAGCGAUCUUUGGGAUUUGCGUGCGUUGGGAGGGGGG